GCUGGGACUUGCAAUCUAAUGGAAAUUUACAAGUUUGUGAUUCCCUUUGCGCUGGCUCUGCUGCUGCGAUUUGAGUUUGGGUUACCAGAAAGACCUCUCAAUUCAUUGAAGGCCCUCUUCCGAGUUUUGCCGAUCAUCGUUCUUAUAGCUGUGGUGCAGGAGAAGCACCAUGGAAAUGAAUUCUCGCUUCGACUGUCCGCAGGGCUCAGCUUCUCUGCUGCAGGUGACCUGUGUUAUCUUUACAGACAACAAUACAUCAUCAUUGGGAUCAUCUGUUUCAGCAUUGCCUACUGCCUGUAUGCUCUGGCCUUCAAACUGAAGAAUGACAAUUUCCUCCUGGCAUGUUUGGCAUGCUUCAUAGUGAUUGUAGUUUAUCACUUUAUGACUCCCAAACUGCGUGGGCUACGGGGUCCUGCUGCAAUGGUUUACAUGACAACAGCCCUGCUAAUGAUCUGGAGGGCAAUGGCUUGGUAUAGAAAGUCACGGAAAUACAACAGCUUGGCUGCCCUUCUAGGGGCUACCCUACUUGUGGUGUCUGAAACUGUCCUUUCCACUCACAUAUUCCAGUUCCCUGUCCCUCAAAAUGAAUUAAUUGGGAGAUACCCCUAUUACUUAGGGCAGUUAUUCAUCGCUUUGGCUGCCCUUUCAUAAACAGAA